AUGACAUCAUCAUUAGUUAAACAAAAUUCAAACGACAGAAAUACAACAACAAUAAAUACAAUUAUUAUUAUUAUGCGUCGUCAUUCAUUAGAACAUGAUAGCUUAGGACAACAAAUUAAAUCGGUAUUCACUUCACCUACACGAAAAUUUCUUAAUUUCAAAAACAAUAGUGACAAUUCUAAUAGUAAUAUUCAUUCUAAUCGACAAACACGACGUGUUAGUGUACCAGAACACAAAUAUUCAGAUAAACUCGACAAUUAUACUGAACUUGAUACUAUUGAUGAAGUAAGUGUACAAAUAUGUAUAUAA